AGUGAAUAAAUUGUUAGAAUAGAAAGUCAAGAGAUUAGUAUGAUUUCUUCGUCAGUAAAAUGGGUUCUAAUAUGUCACAGUUUUUCCAGCUCAGCAUCAUUUUAAGUUUUCUUUUAAGUUUAACCCUUUCUUCAAGCUAUUCAAGUGUCCCACCUCAAAACUUGCCUCCACCAGAGAAUUCGAUUUUUGCACAGGAACAGCUCUACAUAGCUCCAUUUAAAAAGUCUCAUGAUGAAGCCUUGACCUGUGGACAGUUGAUUGUAUCUCGAGGCUUCAAAUAUGAACGUCACUUUGUAACAACAGAGGAUGGUUACAUACUUACAUUGUAUCGAAUCAUUAACCCAAAUGCUCAAGCAGCUCGAGGAUCGAAACUCAUUCCUGUUUUAUUAGUCCAUGGAAUUUUUACUUCAUGUAGUAGUUGGAUGAUCAAUGGAUUUGAUGGAUUCAUAGAGCCAUGGGUCGACGGAAAGCCACCCAAUGUUAGAUCAAAUAGUCUUGCCUUUGUUCUGGGUAAUGGUGAGUUUGAUGUUUGGAUAGCAAAUAACAGAGGAACUUCUUACUCAAGGAACCACACUCGGCUUGACCCUGAUACAGAUUCAGAGUUUUGGGACUUUUCAUUCGCCGAAAUGGGUGAAUAUGAUACACCAGCGAUGGUUGACUAUAUUAUUGAUAAAACUGAUCAUGAUAAAAUUGUAUGGAUUGGUUAUUCGCGAGGAACUCAGCAAAUGUUUGUUCAAUUAGCAGAGAAUCCAGCUUUUGCUGAAAAGCUUUACUUGAAUAUAAACAUUUCACCAAUAGCCUUUUACGGUGAUGCUAAAGGUCUAGGCAGUGUCAUUCCUAAUGAAAGACUCGCUACUAGGGCAUUAGAGAACUAUGAGGGUCCUUUGCCACCCUUUUUACCUGAAUUUGAUGCUGGACUUACUUACUUUUGUUCAGCCGAAAUUAGCCAACCAAUAUGCAUUGAGGUUUACAGUUAUCUUUUCGGACCGAAUCGAAGAAUGAUUAAUAAGGAAAUAUUUCAAGUAAUAACAAGUCAAAUUGAUUCAACUUCAAAUAAAGAUACUACACAUGAUCUACAAUCGAUGCGUUAUGAUCAGAUUCGUAAAUUUGAUUAUGGUAAAAAGAUGAAUCAAGAAAAGUAUGGUUCAGAUGAGCCACCAAAGUAUCAAUUUGAAAGAAUACCAAAGUACAAUUUGGUUCUUAUUAGUGGAUUGAAUGAUUAUUUAGCUGAUUCAAAGGACGUGCAAAAGCUGAGAAACAUAUUGAGCAAAGGAAACUCCACAAAGUUUGAUGGUCCUUGUCCAAACUCGAAUAACAGACCCUACAUUGAUCACGUAAUCACCGAUCCUUAUUGGUCUCACACUGACAUCAUCUUUGGUAACCGGGCAUAUGAAUAUGCACAUUCUGUGAUUUUGGACAUAAUGCGUGAUUACUUUAGCCAGACUGAAUAAAAUACUGUAAACACUUUAUGAUAGCAAAUUUUACUAAUACUGUUAAAAGAAUGAUCAUUCAAUUGAAUAAAAUUAAAAAGAUUCAACGAA